UCUUGUUGUUGGCAAAGGCGGACCGACGUCCCUCCACAUGUUUGACCCCGCGCGCUAAAGGCACGUUGCAAGCUGCCACCUGCACCUCUACAAGCGGACACACCUUCGUCCGCAGGCUGAUGCCGCUGGAGAUCCAUUAGCGCGCCGUUGACCUUGUCGACCUGCUUGCCUGGCCCGAGUCCUGUUCGGCCACAUCUCGCCGACGAUGACGACAUCCCUCGGGUUCGAUAAGCCCGUUGCGGCCUCGGCCGCCGGGGACGCCUCCGAUCCCUUUCUGGCGAGCCCUUCGGGACCGACCCACCUGCGGCACUCCAAUUUCGACACCCAGCUCUUCGCCCUUGCCCCUGGCUCCUCCGCCGAGCAGGUGAAGCGCGCGAUCGAGGCGCAUCUGCGGGACACGGAGCGGCGGAUGGAGGAGGCGGGAAAGCUGGGCACCGCUCUCGUUCAGCAGCAGAAGCAGCUCACCGAGAAGUUACGGGAGGUGGAGCAGCUGCAGUCCGAGGCUGAGCUCAGUCCGGAACUGCGACAGCGACUCAUUGAGAUCGAAAAGGACUACAACGAGGUGGCCAGGGAGAGCGCUCGAGCCCUGCUUCCCAAGCAGAGGGUGCCCAGUAAUGAGGCCCAAGGCUCUCCGUUCUCUCCGGACAAAGCUGCCAGCAGGCGUUCUGUGAGUCCGUCCAAGUUCGAGAGUCUUGCUGCACCAUCCCCGACCAAGUUCGGCAUCCCAAACCGCAAAAUACGCAAUCAGCCGGCAAGUCGGGUGCACGAUAUCGAGUUCGCAGCCGAGAUCAGCACCUCCCUGAUCGCCCAGGUUCGGAACCUGCAGGCCUUGCUUUCCGAGAGGGAAGAAGAGCUUAAGGAGGUCAAGUCGGAAAGAUCGAGACUGGAGAUUGAAGUCGAGGGAUUUCAGCAGCGCCUGAAGAGCCUGGACGAGAGCGAGAGUCGAUACAAGGACGAGAACUGGAACCUCGAGACCCAGAUUCACGAGCUGAUUGCGGCCCAAAAGGAGGCGGCCGAGCGCGAGAAGAAGCUCACGCAAGCGCUCAACGUUAUCCAGGCGGAGAGAAACGCCGCUCAGAGGGAGCUGGAAGAGGUCAAGGACAGCUUGGCAAGGCAGGACGAGAAGCACUCUGCAGAGAUCAAGAACCUCGAGAUCGAGCUCGGCACAAGUCGCCGGUCCGCCGUGCUCUUUGAGACCGAGCGCUCGGCCCUGCAGCGGAAGGUCGAUGAGCUCACCGGCCAGAACCAGGAGCUGGCCAAGGCCUUCUCCGCCCUCCAGCGCGGACGGGCGCUCGACCGUGAGGCCCCCCACGGGGGAAGCGAGGAGGAUUCCAACUCAGCUCCUGAUCAUAACACGCCCGAGCACUCGCCGCCCCCGUCGCCGAUGAAGCCGACCCCUCGUCACUCCGCGCUGGAAUCUGAAACGCUCAAGACGUCGCUCGGCCACGCUCAGCGUACCAUCCAGACUCUCCGGACCAACAUCCAUCGCGAAAAGACGGAGAAGCUGGAGCUAAAACGCAUGCUCCAAGAUGCCCGGGACGAGAUUGAGAAGCUCAGGAGUGACCCGCACCCUCAGCCCAAGAGAAUCCGAAAGGCCGAGCUGCGCGAGUCCAAGAAGCCUUCCUUCAAGCUGAACCGGCUGGGCGUUCCACGAUCGAGUAGGACCGAAGUGGUCGAGGAUCCGGAUUGGGAGGACCAGUCGGAAGGGCCGUCUCCUCGUGCCCUUUCGCAUCGCGGCUCCGUCUUGCGCCUUUCCGGCGAUGCUGGCGCCCAACGCCCUCUGGAUUCGAACAGCGACCAGUUCGAGACGGCCCACGAAACCAGUGACGCGGCCUUUGAGACUGCCCAUGAGCGAGCGACGGAAACCGAAGAUUUCCAGACCGGUAUCGAGGACAUGUCAGACGACGACGACGACGCCGCGACGGAGACGGAGGCUGGCCCGUCCCGAGGGGCUCACUCGAUCAAGCGCCCUCCGCCUCUGCCCCCGCACCAGUCCAGCAACCAGUACUCGUUCGACAGCACCGCCUCGACCUCGAGCGACGAAGAUGACCAUCCGGUUGGCUCAGAGAUGAAGACGCCGACAGCGGGACCGAGAAUCCGCAUGCGCGUGAGCCGCGGCUCCCUGGGCCGUCGUUCUCGGCAAUUCAGCGAAGAACCUGCCGUGCCGAGCAGUCCUGUGAGUAUCCCGGCCCACAGCACCUCGGCGGCGUCUGGUGGGCAGAGCCUCUUCGCCGAGUUGAACAACGUCGACAAUAGCGAUGACGACUCGUGCGCCGGGGCUGCUACUCCUGGUCGGAGAAGCAUUCGGUCUGCCACGCCUGCGACCCCCCGUAGCGUUGUUUCCCGCCGUCAUUCGCCGCCUCCGAGGGUGCCAGCAUUACCUAGGAUCAUGGUUGACAGCGGCGUGAUGACGGAGCCCGUGGACAUUCGGCCUGUCUCUGCCAUCACUGACGGAGAGGACCUCCCCGAGGACGGCGUCAAUUCCGUUUCACGCCCCCCCAGCAUCGUCUUCCCGGCGCGACCGUUGUCGAUGGAAUCUGUGAUCGGGCCCCGCGGCUUGGGAGAUGAGCUGAGGGAUGAAGAACCGUCCAAACCUCUGGCUGCUGUCCCUUAUAAUGAUGCUAGUGUUCAAUCAGACUGGGAGAGCGGCACCACGCUGGAUCAACUGGCUUCACCGCCCUCAGCGCCAUCGGUCCUCCCGACUCUGCCGGCAUUGAGCAUCUCUUCCGUUCACGCGGAGUCCAUUGAGCCACAGUCAGAGCCUGACUCGUCUCCAAGCCCGCCGUCACUAAAAUUGUCGUCGAUCCUCUCUGAACAAACCGAGCCGGUGGCGGAGCAAGUGGAACUUCCAGUACUCACCAUGCCUCCUCCGAUUUCCGAGGACAUUGAGCCCGUCUCACAACCGGAGCCGCCGCAGCCAGAGCCGCCGAGGCUUAGUGCGAUCCUCUCUCAGAACAUUGAGCCUGUGUCCGAGCCGGAACCAUCCCUGCCGGAGCCGCCAACACUCAGUGUGCCUAUGGUUCUCUCCCAAGAGAUCGAGCCAGCGCCAUUGUCGCCGGUAGCUCUGUCGUUCUCGGCUGUCACUUCGGAGCAAGUCGAGCCGGUUGCUGACCCUGCGACUGCCCCUCCAUCGCCAAUUGCGCUCUCAUGCCCGCCUAUUCGUUGCGAAGAGGUCGAGCCGGUUGAGCUCCCUGCACCUAUCAUUGACGAGCGCACAGAGUCCGAUGUGGGUGUUCCUUCUAGCGUGAGUCUGUCCUUCUCGCCUAUCGCAUCGGAGCACGUUGAGCCCCAGAGCGAGGAGCCUAUUCCGCCCGUCAAGCUGUCAUUUGCGCCCAUCAACGUUCAAGAGGUGGAGCCCCUUCAAGAAGCCGAGACAGAGGCGCCUCCUCUGGCUCUCGCCUCCAUCCAGACGUUGGACGUGGCGCCCCGCGAAGCCCCAGCGCCUCCUCUGGCUCUCGCCUCCAUCCAGACUUUGGAUGUGGCACCCCGCGAAGCCCCAGCGCCUCCUCUCUCCGUCUCGUCGGCCCAGUCCUGGAGCAUUGAGCCGCUGGAUACCCCACCAGCCGUGCCACCCGCCCUGUCCCUUUCGGGCAUCGAGACCCAAAGCGUUGAACCCCUUCUGGCCGACAACGUCGGGGUCGCACCUGUGCUGGGAGUCUCGGGCAUCCAAUCAUGGCAUACGGAACCAGCAGAACCUCGCAGCCCCAAGCGGAAUGCAUUCAUCAUACCGCGCGACGUGGAAGGCGCAGUCAAUGGUGCACAGUCCCCUCCUCGGACUCCUCCCGCCGAUGCUGCGCCUGGUCCGAAGAAGGUCGUAGCAACCACAGACCAGGGUGCUCAAACCGCAUUAACAUCCCAGGCAAUCGAGGAGAUGCUAAGAGUGCAGACCGAGCCCUCGGGCCCCGCCGAUCUGGAGCGAAGAAACUCCCUAGGCAGCAUGGGCACUCCCUCGACUGUGAGAAUCCAUCGGCCGCGUCAAGUUAGUGUCGACGGCUCUAUGCGGGCGAAAGGCAAGAUGGCCGAUGCAGGUGCCGACGGGCUUGAAAGUUCUGUUCCCCGCAGACCUGGCAGUUCUGCGAGCGCAAUGACCUCUCUUGGCGAAGUUCCACCCCUUCCUCCAAACCACAAGGAGGUUAUCGAGGCAGCGAGGAGCGGUUCGUCGCAGGGCGGCCCAGGAACUAUCGGCCUCAUGGGUCCUCCCUUGGUCCCUGCUUCUGCUCUGAGGGCGCAGAACCAGUCUCUCAGGCCGCGCACUCCGACAGGCGCGAGGCGACCCACUUCUCCGGUGUCUCAUGCUUCUGGUCGCGGGACGCCGACACCCCGCGCUGCCGGAAGACCCGGCGCUCCUUUUGGGACAGCCGAUGUGCACGAAGUACAAUCGCUCUCAAAAGCAACUCUGCGCAGCCGAAAAUCGUCGAUCUCGUCGUUCACGUCCGAGGUCGAUACUCGGUUCAACUUGCACCAGGGAGGUGGCUUUGAGUCUCAGGGCUUUGGACCAAACACCGAUCCUCGCAUGAUCCAGGCAAUCACGCAGACCAUGAUUGGCGAGUAUCUGUGGAAGUACACGCGCAAGGCCGGCCGAGGGGAGAUGUCGGAGAAGAGGCAUCGCAGGUACUUCUGGGUCCACCCGUACACUCGGACUCUCUACUGGAGCGACCGUGAUCCUUCGACCGCUGGGCGUUCCGAGUUGAGAGCCAAGAGCGUCCAGAUUGAGGCUGUCCGGGUUGUAGCGGAUGACAACCCCAUGCCUCCGGGGCUGCACCAGAAGAGUCUGGUCAUUGUGUCGCCGGGUCGAAGCGUUAAGUUUACCUGCACAACUGGCCAGCGACACGAGACCUGGUUCAACGCGUUGUCCUAUCUGCUGCUUCGCACGGCUAGCGAGGGGCAGACGGACGCCGAGGAGAUGGCCGGCAACAUUACCAGGGAAGAUGUUGAGGAAUUCAACCCCUCGUUCGGAAGGCGCCAGGCCAAUGGCAACCGGACAGCUCCCUCUCCCUCGCUGUCGUCAUACAACUCGCGGACAGUCCGAGAUUCCCCGCCGAUGGACAUCUCGAUGAGCAUUCCCACAUUGACUCCAACGCGCUCCAAAGCUUCGCACAACCGCGCGUCCUUUGGCACUCUCAGCAGAAUCAGCGGGUAUCUGAAGGACAAUAAGCUGUCGGGGACUUUUGGGAGCAUCCGGAGCCGCAGUGCUCAAGGGCACUAUUCGUCACAAGGGGUCUAUGAGGCCAGCGAAGUGCCGGACAGCGCUGAGGAUCUCAGGCGGAUGAUCGAAAGACAGGACCGCGAGGCCGAUCGUAUCGAGAACGUCCGAGCAUGCUGCGACGGCAAGCACGAUGUCGGCACCCUCACUAAUAGUGCGAAACGGGGCCGUCAUUCUGUUGCAGGCUUCCGCUCGCCUACGCCAGGUCCUUCAACAUCGCCGACCCCCGUUGGAACUGUCAGAUCCCGGGCAUGAAUGCUUCGGCCCGUGCUUGCUCUCUGGGUCUCCUUGGAAUAUUCAAUUGCGGCGUCUCUAUCCGACAAGGCUAGCGCAUAUCAUUCCUUUCUCGUCGAUCGCUACAAGAACCGUUUUCUUUUUUCUGUUGCAUUGGGGCUUCUGUGAUGCAUACAGCGGCCAUAACACCAGGGAUUUUCAUGAC